AGCGGAAUGUCCGGCGUUUUUUAGAUUGGUUGGUUUACAAGGGAAUUGGGUAUAAAUAAGGAUUUAUAACAGAUGGCGUGUGAUGCGGUUUGACUCGCUCCAAACACAGACGAUGCUUUAACAACGGGACAAGAAACCAUGUCGAGCAGGAACACAAUGUCAUCUAAGGGACAGGAGUCGCCGGAGUCCUUCUACACCUAUGAUUUCUGUGACCCAACCCAUCCCACGGAGGUUCUAGAAGCCCUCAGAGAAUACUACACAGAAGGCUUGUUCACUGACAUAGCGCUACAGUGCUCUACAGGGGAGCUCUUCCACUGCCAUAAAGUGGCUCUAUGCUCCCGUAGUUCCUACUUCAGAGCCAUGUUCACAGCCGAUAUGAGAGAGAGGUCCCACAGUGUCAUCAGACUAGCUGGGGUAGAUGUGGAGGUGCUGACGACUCUGGUGGACUAUGUGUACACCUCCAAGGCCUCCAUUACCCAGUGGAAUGUAGAGUCUCUGCUGGAGGCUGCAGACCUGCUGCAGUUCGGAGCCGUGAAAACGGCCUGUGAGAACUUCCUGGUUCGUCUCCUCGACGUCGACAACUGUCUGGGCAUGCUCCGUUUCGCCCAGCUCCAUGUGUGUCUGUCCCUGGAGAAGGAGGCACGCAGGGUGCUGCUCUGCCACUUCCACGAGGUGGUGAGAGAGGAGGAGUUCCAGGAGCUGGGGGUGGAGAAGGUGAGGAGCCUGCUGCAGGAGGAGAACCUGGCGGAGGUGUUGAAAGAGGCGGUGCUGGUGGAGGGGGUGGUGAGGUGGCUGGCCCACGAUACUCUUGCCCGCAGGGGACACUUCCAGGAGCUUCUUCACUCCGCCCACUUAGACCUGAAGGAAGAGUACCUCAGGACCGCCUUGGAGCUUCAUAGAGAGUGUCUGGAGACUGACACUGAAGACAUCCACUCUCUAUUUGUCCAAGCUCUGAAGGCUGCUUUUAAUAUCAAUAAAAGCCCUUCGGAACACUGCAGAAGGGGCAGGAGACUGACCUCCAGGAUGUUUGUGAUAGGAGGGUACCACUGGCACCCUCUGUCUGAGGUCCAGACCUGGGACCCGGUCACGGACCAGUGGCAGCAGGGGGAGGAUAUGCCAGACCACACCAGGGAGAGUUAUGGAGUUACCCUGCUGGGUUCCAACAUCUACUUUAGCGGCGGCUACAGGACAGACACUACAGAGGCUCUAGAUACAGUGUGGGUUUACAGCAGUGAUACUGAUCAAUGGACACAGGGGCAGCCCAUGCUGACAGCGAGGUACUACCACUGUUCUGUGGGUCUGCAUGGGUGUGUCUACGUCAUAGGAGGGUACAGAGGAGGGGCGCCCAUGGGGGAAACGGAAUUCUAUGACCCCUUGAAAAGGAAGUGGAUUCCCGUAGCUAAUAUGGUACAAGGUGUGGGGAACGCUACGGCCUGUGUUCUGAGAGACACAAUAUAUGUGGCAGGCGGUCACUAUGGUUACAAGGGAAGCUGCACCUAUGAUAAGAUUCAGACCUACAGGGCAGACGUCAAUGAAUGGAGCAUAACAACGACCUGUCCUCAUCCAG